ACUUGUGAAAUUCCAAAUCAAAACCAUUCUCAUCCUCAUCAAAUUCACCAAAAACCUUUUGAUUCUUGAAGAAGAUGAUCACAAUUCCCUCAUCAUCAUCAUCAUCAUCAUCAUCUCCAAUUUUCGGUUCUUCAUUCUCAUCCUCCGUUAAUCCCCCAUCAUCAACCUUCGUUUCUGUCAAAUUUCUUCCCCCAUCAACCAUGAAUCAUUCCGCUAAAACCCUAUCCAAAUUCUCGAUCGUUUCCGCUUCUAAAUCCACUCACCAAUCACCAUCGAAGGUUGGUGAUUCAUUCUUUAGGAACGUGAUUUCGAGUAUGGAACAAGUAUAUUUGAGUAAAAAUCCAACUGCUAAAUCGAUCUUGGAGCUUGUUAGAUCUACAGAUGUUAAUCAAAUUUGCUACGAUCAUCUUGCCUAUCGAACAUUUGGGGUAAAUGAUUACGGGAUCGACUCUGUGUCGAAAUUCUUUCUGGAUUUUGGUUAUACUCAACAGGAAGAGUUGAGAUUUCCACAAAAGAAGCUGAAAGCUCUCUGGUUUUCUCCUCCAAGUGUCUCCGCUAUUAAUGGCGGCAGUGGCAGCGGUGUUCAUGGACCCUUGCCCAGAAUCUUCAUCUCAGAGCUUAUCGUAGAUCAAAUGAGUGUCCAGGCCCAGGAAAUAAUUAGAAAAUACGUAGAGCUAUCGGGUGCCGGAUAUAAACAUGCUGUGGUUUCAAGUGCGGUUGGUUGUUUGCCAUGGCCAAAACCUUCGCAUUCGGAGUUCCAACAAUUAGCUAGCGAAAGCGAGUACGCUGCAUGGACUCUCGUGAACGGAUACUCGGUGAAUCAUGUCACGAUCUCCACUCAUCGGCUGAAAUCUUGCUUGAAGAACAUCAAGAAUCUUAACCGGUUCAUCGAGGACAACGGGUUCAAGUUGAACUCUGAAGGGGGUGUUCUCAAGGUGAGCCCAGAUGCCCUACUGCUGCAAAGUUCGACGGUUGCAGAUUCUAUCCCGUUUGAAUUUUCCGAUGGUGUCAAAGACUCGGUCCCUUGUUCAUAUAUCGAGUUUGCUGAACGACUUGUAUUGCCAGAAUACAGAUAUUUACCUGAAGAUAAGAUUGAGGAGAUCCAUAGACGCGAUGGAUUUGAGGUCGGUAAUGCGGACAAAAUAUUCGAGAGCACAUCGAAGGAUCAGGUAACUAGGAAAGGUGUAGCGUAAAGAAACCGAGUGAUUAGAAUGAAGCAUUGUAGCGUAAAAAAACCGAGUGAUUAGAAUGAAGUACAACUUGAUCGUUUGUAACUAAAUGUAAUUGACAACUUUUACUCAGCCGAUAUGUUUGGUUAUCA